CUUGACAAUAUGGCAUGACUGGUGUGCACUAUGAAUGCAUGCCUUUUACAGUGUUGACUACAUUUUCAUUUUUCUCUCCAAUAGUGACUUACUAUGGCCUCUGGAAGUCAUGAUGGGCAAGGCAGGGAAUUCCACCACGGCAAACCUCAUGGAUUUCUCCAUCACAUCAGCAUCCACUCUGCAGCUGACAAGAACAUGAAGGAGGUGAGUGGAUCUCAAGGGGGGGGAGUGUUUAACUUGGUACUCAAUUGCAUCCCGAUUCUCCGCACUUUUCCCACAGUGUGCACUUGCGCAAUCCCUGUCUUUUAAAUAAAAGCAUUAGAUUGAUGUAAGCAUUGAGGAGAAGGUAUUUUCACCAGUGUUCAAUCUAAUGCACACUUCGGAAAGUGAUUCUGUUAUGAAUAUAAACCAAGAAGUGUUUACUAACCUAGUCAAAGAUUUGCCUCUUUAAAGAAAACUGUAGGAGUGUUUAUCGCCUAUCCUUUUGUUUUAGGUGGAUUUUUUAAAUAAGGAAGAAAUAGAUAAAGAGAGGUGAGUUUUCCAGGUCUAUGUGAAUCCAAUGCACAAGCAGCCAUUCCUAGCACUGCCGUCACAUCUGCUCAGUCACUGGGGAAAAUUCAACAUUGAAACACCUUUCCAACUUUUCCCAAACACUGCCACAGUGUCUGGUCUACUUACUCAACCAGUGCAAGUAUCAAUACAAAAUCCUUACCUCUCUUCACCUGGACUUUUCCUUCUCCAACCAUCAGAUUUCCAGUGAGUCGUUGUGCACACAUCAAAGCCAAACGAGUGUCUGUGUGCAACAAGAGGAAGUUGUCGUCGCGUCACAGCGUGGUGGUGAGCUCAGGAGUGCGCCGCAGAGCGCCCCCCGCAGGCCGGGCUGUCUGUGACAUGGCCAACAAGGAGAAUGAACUGACCUGUCCAGAGGAAGUGCAGGCCAUACACUACAAUGACAACUGCGUGUUCCCCGUGAACUCUGCUUCAGAGGCUGGCUCCAAGAUGGCAGGGUCGGGAAACAAGUACAGUGAUUAUUUCACUGAGGUGAGAGACUACCAGCCGGCCCCAAUUCACUCCCUACCCCAUCCCAUAGGUCCCCUGAUCCUUUGAUGUUUGCAGACCUGUAGGGAGCGAUCAUUGGGACAGACCACUGCUGCGCUACAUACUGUUCAUUCCCAACAUCAAACCCUUGCCCCUACGCUCUAGGCACUUGUGUAGAUCUGAGAGGGUUGGAAUUGUCACCAUAUUACCCAUACCUUUCCAUUCCUUGCACAGUGGGUAGAUGCAAGGGAUAGAUUUGUAGACUUUGUUUAUCGGGAAGAAAAGUGUCACUUGCAUUGUCUUCCUUUGGAUCGUUGAAGUGGAUUUUAUUGACAUGUUCUUUAUCGGCCCCUCCCUAUGGGAAUCUUUCCUGACCAGCUAUCGAAGGACCAUGAUGCAAUGACACAUGUGCUUUUUGGAAGAAAUCUCCGGCUAAAUGUAGCUCUGACACUAUGGCGAAGAAACGCCAGCGAACUAGUGGCAUACUUGAUCAGGUAGGAACACUGACUUUUGAUCCAUUUUCAUGUUUGAAGGACUUCUUCUUCAUAUAUACAGUUAAUGAUUAAUCAACAUGUUCAUGUCCAAUAAACACUGUCUGUCUUUGUUCCAUAGAAUUGAAGACACAGGCGUGCUUCUUGACUGCCUACCAGUUAUAACGAAAAGGUGCGUAUCGCAGUUGAAUCAAACAUCAUCAUGUAUUGCUGUGAUGAGUCAACUUGUGACACGUGUUCAUUUUGUCUCUCUUGUUUUGCUCCCGUAGCCUUCAAGACGAAGCUCCGUGCAUAUCACUGGGCUGUUGUGUAGACCUCCUGCCUCAAGUCAAAUCAAUCCUCGCCAGUGAAUAUGAAGAGUAAGAUCAGCUGUGGAACUUAAGAACUGCUGCUGUGUCCACCUGCUGAAACCUCAAUUCCAAUGUUUUUCUGUUUGUUCCUUCUCCAGACACUUGAUUGUGGGUUUACACUGGGUUCAGUCUGUCAUUAAGAAAUGGUGGCCAGAACUCUCCGCAAACGGCAAGAGCCUGCAGGACAGCUGCUCAGAAGACGGGUAUGUUAACAGAUAUUUAUGAAUUCGUCACUCUCCUGUCUGCAAUGUAAUAGCUGCAGGACAGCUGCUGUGCUGAGGAGAUUAGCCUCUUGCUUCGUGUUGUCUUUGUUUGUUGUUGAAAAGUUGCCCAACUGGUUUCCCUGGUAAUGCUAACUUCAUAUCAGUUAUUCUCCCUUUAACAUUAGAAGCCUAAUUGGGUAUGCUUAUACAGUGCCUAUCAUAAGCAUUCACCCCCUUGCAUUUGUUCACUUUUUAUUGUUACAAAGUGGGAUUAAAAUUGAUUGAUUUGUCAUUUUUUGUAAAUGAUCUUCACAAAAUACUCUGUCGAAGAUGAAUGAAAAAUAAAACACUAAAAUACCUUGAUUAGAUACAGUAAGUAUUCAAAUCAAAUGUUAUGUCACAUGCGCCGAACAGGUGUAGACCUUUCAGUGAAAUGCUUACUUAGAAGCCCUUAACCAACAAUGCAGUUCAAGAAAUAGAAUUUAAAAAAAUAUUUACUAAAUAAAAGAAAGUAACACAAUUAAAAUAACUAUAACGAGGUUAUAUACAGGGGGUACCGGUACCGAGUCAAUGUGCGGGGGUACAGGUUAGUCGAGGUAAUUUGUACAUGUAGGUAGGGGUAAAGUGACUAUGCAUAGAUAAUAGACAGCGAGUAGCAGCAGUGUAAAAACAAAGAGGAGGGUGUCAAUGUAAAUAGUCCGGGUAGCCAUUUUAUUAAUUGUUCAGCAGUCUUAUGGCUUGGGGGUAGAAGCUGUUAAGGAGCCUUUUGGACCUAGACUUGGUGCUCCGGUACCCCUUGCCGUGCGGUAGCAGAGAGAACAGUCUAUGACUAGGGUGGCUGGAGUCUUUGACAAUUUUUUGGGCCUUCCUCUGACACCGCCUAGUAUAUAGGUCCUGGAUGGCAGGAAGCUUGGCCCCAGUGAUGUACUGGGCUGUACGCACUACCCUCUGUAGUGCCUUACGGUCGGAUGCCGAGCAGUUGCCAUACCAGGCGGUGAUGCAACCUGUCAGGAUGCUCUCGACGGUGCAGCUGUAUAACUUUUUGAGGCUCUGGGGAUACGUGCCAAAUCUUUUCAGUCUCCUGAAGGGGAAUAGGCUUUGUCGUGCCCUCUUCACGACUGUCUUGGUGUGCUUGGACCAGGAUAGUUUGUUGGUGAUGUGGAAACCAAGGAACUUGAAGCUCUCAACCCGCUCAACUACAGCCCCGUUGAUGUGAAUGGGGCGUGUUCGGCCCUCCUUUAAUUGUAUUCCACGAUAAGCUCCUUUGUCCUUUGUCUCACGUUGAGGGAGAGGUUGUUGUCCUAGCACCACACGGCCAGAUCUCUGACCUCCUCCCUAUAGGCUGUCUCAUCAUUGUUGGUGAUCAGGCAUACCACCGUUGUGUCAUCAGCAAACUUAAUGAUGGUGUUAGUCGUGCUUGGCCACGCAGUCGUGGGUGAACAGGGAGUACAGGAGGGGACUAAGCAUGCACCCCUGAGGGGCCCCCGUGUUGAGAAUCAGUGUGGCAGAUGUGUUGUUGCCUACCCUUACCACCUGGGGGCGACCCGUCAGGAAGUCCAAGAUCCAGUUGCAGAGGGAGAUGUUUAGUCCCAGGGUCCUUGGCUUAGUGAUGAGUUUUGUGGGCACUAUGGUGUUGAACGCUGAGCUGUAGUCAAUGAACAGCAUUCUCACAUAGGUGUUCCUUUUGUCCAGGUGGGAAAGCGGCAGUGUGGAUUGCGUCAUCUUUGGAUCUGUUGGGACGGUAUGCGAAUUGGAGUGAGUCUAGGGUUUCCGGAAUGAUGGUGUUGAUGUGAGCCAUGACCAGCCUUUCAAAGCACUUCAUGGCUACCGACGUGAGUGCUACUGGGCGGUAGUCAUUUAGGCAGGUCACCACCCCUGAGUCAAUACAUGUUAGAAACACCUUUGGCAGCGAAUACUCUUGGGUACGUCUGUAAGAGCUUUGUACACCUGGAUUGUGCAAUAUUUGCCCAUUCUUGUCAAAGUUCUUCAAGCUCUGUCAUGGUGUUUGAGAUCAUGGAUAGACAGCAAUUACCAAGUCUUGCUAUAGAUUUCCAAGCAGAUUUUAGUCAAAACUGUAACGUGGCAACUCAGGACAAGUUUCUGAGAGUCAACAGCUUGCGUGGUAGGCGGCUCACAGGACAACGGCUUCAAGCACAGCUUAACACUGUUCGAAGUAAGCAAGUCUCAGUCUCAACUGUGAAGAGAAGACUUGGAGCUGCAGGUUUGACAGGUGGAGUGGCAGUAAGAAAGCCAUUGCUAAGAUGGAUAAAUAAGAAAAAGAGGCUUGCCUGGGUCAUAAAGCACCGCCAGUGGACUACUGAAGACUGGAAGAAGGUCUUAUGGACCGAUUUAAUCCAAAUUUGAAAUCUUUGGUUCAUCGCGCAGGGUUUUUGUACCCCGCCGAGUAGGCGAAAGGAUUGUUCCUCAGUGUGUGACACCAAGCGUGAUGGUCUGGGGCUCUUUUGCUGGAUCCAGAGUCGGCGACUUGCACAGAGUGAGUGGCACCCUGAACCAAAACGGCUACCACAGCAUUGUGCAGCGCCAUGCAAUAACCUCUGGUGAACGCCUAGUUGGUCAGUGGUUCAUCCUACAGCAAGAUAAUGACCCAGAACACACCUCCAGGCUGUCAGAACUACCUUAGAAGAAAAUAACAAGAUAGUAGGCUUUAAAACAUGGAAUGGCCAGCACAGUCUCCAGACUUAAACCCCGUUGAGCUGGUUUGGGAUGAACUGGGCAGAAGGGUGAAAGCAAAGCAACCUACAAGUGCAACACAUUUGUGGGAACUUCUGCAACAGUGUUGGGAAGAACUUUCCGAAUGCCACGAGGCUGUUGUGUCUGCAAAAGGUGGCUACUUUGAUGAGUAAAAAUUACAUUUUGUUAAACAAAACGAUUCCAUGAUUGCUUUUUUGUCUCCAAUUGUUUAUUUGUUCUAUGCUUUAAUUUCAGAGUACAUUAAGACAUUAAACUGUGAAUUUCAAUAAAAAAUGGAAAAAUGGAGGUGUGUACUAAAUCUUUUGACCAGGUAUGUAUGUGUGUAUGGGGAACAGAGGAAGGGGUAGUCAUUUAAAAAAAUGUAAAUCCCUAUUACUUCAGAGUCCAUGUAACUUAUUAUGUUACUUGUUAAGCCAAAUUUUACUCCUGAAGUAUUUUAUGCUUACCUAAACAAAGGGGGUGAAUACUUAUGCAACUACUAUUUUAGUUAAAAAAAAAAAAAGCUGUAUUUUGUGUAGAUCAAUGACAAAUAGGGGGGUGAAUACUUAUAAUACCCACUGUAUGUCUGUUUUGCAGGAACCUCCAAGUCAUGAAGCAGCAGCUGAAGGAGUUCUGGGAGGAGGGACCCCAGUUAAGUUUAGUUCCAGGAACUACAGGAGAGAUGGCAAAGGUAAGGUGUCAUUGCUACCCUUAAUGCUAUUGAUCCAUGAGGCUAACAGAGAGAUAUUGUUGAAGCCUUUCUGCCAAGAAUAGAUCAACAUUUCACCUGCAAAGUCAAACUUCUCACCUCCUUUUAACUUUGUUCAUUUCAGGCAAUGGAGUCUAGCUUGACUUCUCUCUCUUCUCUCACUUCUCUCUCACCAGGCCAUUGAGUCUUACUUAUCACAACUGCAUUGACCAAUCAAUCAAUGUAGCACUGAGGAAGCGACCACUACUGCCGGAUAGAGCUGUUUCAACAUUACCUGGAGACUAAAGACAAGACCAUGUUCCACACACAGACAGGAACCCUGUUCUAUUCUAUGUGGAUUGAUGAAAUCAGUGAUUCAGACUGAGCAACUCCCCACGCUCAAUCACAACUAGAGAGACACUUACAAUGGAGGAAGGAACUUUUCUUUCUGAAAAAAACUGGAAUUCCUGCUUCACAUUGAAGUGGAUCGAUGUCUUGCGAAGGGGCAAUACUUCAAUCGACCUCCAUGAGACUGAGUCGAAAACGUACCCUAUUUCCUCUAUAGUGCACUACUUUUGAC